UGCCACGUGUGUCAUCUUCCUCUUAUACUUUAGUAGUGAACGGAAAGUAGUCUGUUUGAGAAGAUGUGGUUUCGUACUUUUGGCUUGUUGUUUCUUUGUGUUGUAAUUGCCGCUGGCGAAGAUGAUAUUAAAAAAGAAGAAAAUGUAUUAGUGUUAAAUAAGGACAAUUUUGAGAAAGUUCUGAAAGAUAAUAAAUACAUACUCGUCGAAUUCUAUGCCCCAUGGUGUGGACACUGCAAAGCAUUGGCUCCUGAAUAUGCAAAAGCUGCAACUCAGUUGGCUGAUGAAAAAUCUGAUAUCAAACUGGCCAAAGUCGAUGCUACAGAGGAGACAGAGUUAGCUGAGAAACAUGGUGUUCGAGGUUACCCCACCCUGAAGUUCUUUAGAGAUUCUGAACCAGUGGAUUACUCAGGUGGUCGUAGUGCUGAUGAAAUCAUUCUUUGGUUGAAGAAGAAAACUGGACCACCUGCUCUUACACUUAAGACAGUUGAAGAAACUAAGCAGUUCAAGGAAGGAUCGGAGGUUGUUAUCAUAGGUUUCUAUAAAGACCUGGAAAGUAAAGAAGCCAAAAUCUUCCUGGAAGCUGCUGCAGUAACUGACGAUUAUCCAUUUGCCAUCACCUCACAAGAUGAAAUAUAUAAAGAAUUAGAUGUCCAGAAAGAUGGCAUUGUUCUCUUUAAGAAGUUUGAUGAGGGGAAAAAUGUCUACGAAGGUGACCUGACUGUCGAUAAUGUAAAGAAGUUUGUAAAGGCCAAUAGUCUUCCACUUGUUGUUGAAUUUAACCACGAGAGUGCUCAGAAGAUCUUUGGAGGUGAAAUCAAAUCUCACAACUUGCUUUUCAUUAGCAAGACUGCUUCCGAUUAUGAAAAAAUAUUAGAAGAUUUUCGAAGUGUUGCUAAAGAAUUUAAAAGCAAGGUCCUGUUUGUUACGAUUGACACUGAUGAAGAGGAUCAUGAACGAAUCAUGGAGUUUUUUGGCUUGAAGAAGGAAGAUACUCCAGAUAUGAGGCUUAUUGUCUUGGAGGAAGAAAUGAAUAAAUUUAAACCAGAAACAACCAAAAUUACUGUGGAAAACAUUCGUAACUUUGUACAGGGGGUUUUGGAUGGAAAGAUUAAGCAACAUCUGUUGUCACAAGAUAUACCAGAAGAUUGGGAUAAAAAUCCAGUGAAGGUUCUUGUUGCUAAGAAUUUUGAUGAAGUGGCUUUUGACAAGUCUAAGGACGUUUUAGUUGAAUUUUAUGCCCCCUGGUGUGGACAUUGUAAACAACUUUCUCCUAUCUAUGAUGAACUAGGUGCAAAAUACAAAGAUAAUGAUAAAGUUGUUAUUGCUAAGAUGGAUGCCACAGUGAAUGAACUUGAACAUACAAAAAUCAACAGUUUCCCAACUAUUAAGCUUUACAAGAGAGAUACGAAUGAGGUUGUAGAUUUCAGUGGAGAACGUACACUAGAUGGCCUGAAGAAUUUUAUAGAGUCUGGUGGAGUAGAUGGGGCUUCACCAAAAGAACAGGAGGAGGAGGAAGAGGAAGAAGAAGGUGAAGAUGAUGACCAGAAAAAGAGAGACGAGCUUUAAAUGUGUUAUCACAUUCCUUAAUCUUCUGUGAUUAGUGAUUAACAGAAGUUAGCGUCUGUCAUCAGGGUUGGGAGGGUUGAAAAUAUUGUCUAUGUGUAUUGAAGUCCGCUUUACGUUGUGAAAAUUGAUGGUUGACAUAUACAUUUUUUUUAGUAAUGUUUUAUUUCUUCAGUUGCUAAUAAACGAAAAUACAAAAAGACCUAACACUCAUAUUUUUGGCCCAUGUGGUCAGUACUGUUUUUACUUCUGUAUUAACUUGCCAGUAAUUUCAUGAAAUUGGAAAUUUUAUAGUUUUGUUAAGCCUAUUUUAAAGAACUUGGUAUAUAUAUAAAUAUAUAUAAAAAAACAACCCUAAAUGAUUUAGGGAAGUAUAUAUUUUUGCCUCUUAUUUUAAGAAACAUAUUCAUGUUUUUCUCUAAGACUUAGUGAUUUAUUAAAAACACGUUAGAUGAAAAUAAUGUACUACUGUCUCUCGAUGUUGUUCAAUAAACAGGAUGUUGAACCA